AUGUGGAAGAGAAUGAGACAAUGUAACACUCAUCACUAUAUUACGCAUGCAACACAUCAGUACAUGAGCACAAACACCUUGUGUGAUGCUGACCCAGAAGCCUUAGCCAAGUACUGCCUUGCUUUAGUUCGUAAGGACCGCCCCAUUUCAGAGCUGAAGGCUGGCAUGAUUGAGCAGCUCGAUGUUUUUCUUCAGAGCAAUACCAAGUCAUUCGUUGAUAAGUUUCUACAAGUAACAACCACACGAUCCUACAUACCAAAGAGCUCCAGUUCAUCACUGUCGUCGUCUACUGGGCCAUUUUCGACAGACCCUUCCUCUCCUAGUCUGAAUAAUAAUAGUGACUCUGGCCCACCGCCCUUGCCCCCAACCCCAGUUUCAAAGCAGUCAUCAGGCCACUCUCCUGAUUCAACCACCCCCCCAAACGCAGUUCCUCCUCCUGCUACCUCCUCAUCUACGGGCAUGCAGCCUGCCCCACCACCACCACCUCCAAGUUCUGCUGCUGCCCCUCCUCCUCCACCACCCCCUGAGUCCGCUCCACCCCCACCUGUCCCAGCAUCUGUCAUCACUCGUAAAGAGGAAGUGUCCUCUUCACAGAGAUCCAGAAAGUCAGAAUCUGAUCGAGAUCGUGAUGACAGGCGGGGAAGACGAAGGUCACCAUCACGAGGAAGAUCCAGGUCUCGUUCACGUUCCAGAUCAAGGAGUAGAGACAGGUCAAGGAGAUCACGUUCCAGAGGUCGCUCCGGGCGCAGUAAAUAUGAGGACAGGAGGAGAAGAUCACCACCAACCAAAAGAUAUCGUAGGUCAAGAACUCGCUCACGUACUCGAAGUCCAAGACGGUCAAGAAGUCCACGACGCUCCAGGUCAAGAGAGAGAAGAUCAAGGUCUAGAAACAGGUCUCGCACUAUCAGUCCAAGAAACAACAGGACAUCAGGCCGUGGGAGAUCACCACCUCCAACCCCACGGUCACCGACACCCCCAAGGAAAUCAAAAUCAUUGCCUAGAGAUGAGAAAAGAGAAAGUCCACAUGGAACCUCACCUGUUGCUGAGGUGAGGCCAGAACCAAGGAGCGAUCCAAGUUCUGUUAUCCAGAGUGUCAUCGCUGUGAAGCAUACAGACUUUGUGGCACCACCACCAACGGGCAAGAAAAGGUGUCGUGAUAUGAUGUUGGCAUACCUUUUCCUGAAGCAAUUGUGCUUCACGUCUCAUAUGUUGACCAAAUCAAAAAGCUUCUUGAGUGGUGACUCUGCUGGNCCUUUCGAGUUCACCCUAAAGAACAUAAUCGUUCGUCUUGAACAGGUGAACGCUCGGGAGGAAGUG